AUGAGCGGUCUUGUGUUUCAAAAUUUCGAUGAACGAUCAGAGAGUGACGGCGAGAAGUGGAUAGAAGGCGCCAUGGGUGCCCAAUUGUUGCGUGAUAUUAUCGAUGGCGACGAUGAUGAGGAUUUUUAUGAGGAUUUCAACAAGGAAUCUCCAGACGUUAUAAAAAGAAGCCUUCCAGAACAUGCUUGUGUAUAUUGUGGAAUUCAUACGCCUAACUGUGUUGUCAAGUGCGUUACUUGUGACAAGUGGUUUUGUAACGCUAAAUCUGGAUUAAAUACAUCACAUAUAGUGACGCACAUGAUUAUGUCGAAGCACAAUGUUGUUGCGCUUCAUGAAGAGUCCGACUUGGGGGACACAACCUUAGAGUGUUACAACUGUGGCAAUAAAAAUGUUUUUAUUCUUGGGUUUGUAAGCGCAAAGCUGGAGUCUGUAGUGGUAAUUUUAUGCAGAAUCCCUUGCGCUCAGUCUAAAGAUGUAAACUGGGACACAUCGCAAUGGCAAUCAUUAAUUGAAAAUAGACAGCUAUUGCUGUGGGUUGCCUCUGAACCUUCUGAAGAGGAUAUCGAAAACUCAAAAAUUGUUUCUCAUUCUCAAAUCACUAAAUUAGAAACUCAGUGGAAGCUUCACAGAGACGCAACUAUUGACGAAAUUGAAACCAACGAUGACGGGGAUGAGGAAGUGCUACCAAUUUUAUUAAGAUAUGAUGAUGCUUUUCAGUAUCAGCGUUCGUUCGCGCCUCUAGUCAAGCUUGAGGCUGAUGCAAACAAAGCUUUGAAAGAGUCUCAAGCUUUAGAGCAUAUUCAGGUAAAAUGGGCUUUGGGUUUGAAUAAUAGACAUUUAGCAUCGUUUAUUUUUUCCACCUUUGAAAGUAACGAUUUAAGAGUUGCCGUUGGUGAUGAAAUGAUUUUGAGGUAUAGUGGAUCCGAUUACGAACCAUGGGAAGGAAGAGGCUUUAUUGUUAGGGUCCCGAAUGCUUAUUAUGAAUAUUUCACGUUAGAGUUGACUCCAUCAAAAAGUCCACCACCGGUAGAUCAGACUCGAAAUUUCACAGCAGAGUUUGUAUGGAAGGGAACUUCGUACGAUAGAAUGCAACAGGCUUUAAGAAAAUUUGCUUUAAAUAAAGAGUCUGUAUCAAGUUAUGUUUAUCAUAAAUUGUUGGGACACGAGGUUGAACCCGUAGAAUUUGACAUCAAAAUACCCCGGAACAUUUCAUUAAGUAAAUUAGCAACAUUAAAUGAGUCUCAGGUUAAUGCGGUAAAAUCUUCUUUAGUGGGACCAUUUACCUUGAUCCAGGGCCCACCCGGAACAGGAAAAACAGUUACAUCGGCUACAAUCGUUUAUCAUUUGUCAAGUAAAGGUAAAAUUUUGGUCACUGCACCCUCUAAUGUUGCAGUUGAUCAUUUAGCUGCAAAAUUGGAUGUUCUUGGCUUGAAAGUAGUAAGGUUAACGGCGAAAUCGAGAGAGGAUGUCGAUAGCUCCGUGAGCCACCUUGCUUUGCAUAAUUUGGUCAAUAAAGCGGCCAAGGGCGAACUUAAAAAACUAAUAGCUUUAAGAAAUCAAGUUGGUGAAUUAUCUGAUGCGGAUGCAAAAGCUUUGAUCAGGAAGGUAAGGAAGAUGGAAGAAAAAAUUUUGAACAAGUGUAAUGUAGUUUGUUGUACUUGUGUCGGGGCUGCUGAUAAAAGAUUGUCGAAAUUGACGUUUAGAUCUGUAUUGAUUGACGAAAGUACUCAUGCCUCUGAACCUGAGGUUUUAAUCCCGAUUGUCAAGGGAGCCAAGCAGGUCAUUUUAGUUGGUGACCAUCAGCAAAUGGGGCCUGUUAUUUUCGACAAAAAAGCUGGUGAUGCGGGUUUGAGACAGUCUUUGUUUGAAAGAUUGGUAUUGCUCGGAAAUAUUCCAAAUAGAUUGGAUGUUCAAUAUAGGAUGCAUCCUUGUUUGUCUGAGUAUCCCUCCAAUGUAUUCUAUGAAGGUACUUUACAAAAUGGAGUUACUAGUGAAAGUAGGUUGCUCAAGCAUUCUAAAUUUCCAUGGCCAGUGGAAAACACGCCCAUGAUGUUUUGGGCUAAUUAUGGUAAAGAAGAAUUUUCAGGAAAUGGCAGCUCGCUUUUAAAUAGAGUCGAAGCGAUGAAUGUGGAAAAAAUCAUCACCAAAUUGUUUGAAGACGGAGUCAAUCCUGAACAGAUCGGUGUUAUUACACCAUACGAGGGCCAAAGAGCCUAUAUUGUGCAGUAUAUGUCAAUGAACAGCACUUUGACUAGCAAAAGAGAACAGUAUUUGGAAAUUGAAGUGACAUCUGUAGAUGCCUUCCAGGGAAGAGAAAAGGAUUUUAUCAUCUUGAGUUGCGUUAGGGGUAACGAUCAGCAGAACAUUGGAUUCUUAAGCGAUCCUAGAAGGCUCAACGUUGCUUUAACGAGAGCUAAGUUCGGUCUAGUGAUAUUGGGUAAUCCAAGGGCAUUGUGCCGUAAUAGUCUAUGGAACCAUUUACUUGUGCACUUUAGAGAGAUGGGUAGCUUAGUUGAUGGUCCACUUGACAAUUUGCAAUUAUCAAUGGUGCAGCUAAAUUCUACUUCCAAAUCGGUUGGUUUACAAAGAAAAUCAUUUCCUGGAUCAAAAUUUUCAGCUGACAAACGAGACUUUGAUACCGAAAGUAUAGUCUCGUUUGCUCCUGAGGGUUCUGGGCAUCAUUUGAAGCAAUCACAGUGGCCAGCUUUCAGCAGGUCCUCGCAAAAUAAUAGCCAUGCAAAUUCACGUUCGUUAACAUCAAAUUUUGCAAAUAAGCUUAAUAAGUUGAACGAUGAUUUCGAUGGAAGAUAUAUUGAUAAUGAUAUCGAAGAUGAUAUAAGAAGUAUUUCGGCAAAUUUCACUGCCGGAUUGAAUUUCAAUUAA